AACUGCGAACCCCAGGAGAAGGACAGCGCCCAGGAGAAGUAAAACCUCUGCAAACUGUGCGGAGCAUCGUGUUGGAAAUGCGGCGUUUGUCUACGAGUGGUCGGACAUUCAAUCACAGGACAUGUCUUUUGGUUUGUUGAAGCCUCAGUGCCACACUCAGCUCCACAAGCAUGCGACAGUAGUGACAGUAUCUCUCCGUUCAGCAGCACCGUUUGAUCCAAGAGAAACGUGCCUUGUAAGGAAGCAGGAUGUUCACAGGAUCCACCAAACUGCCACCCGCUAAAACUCCCCAGCCCGAGAGGCUGGAUGAAGUGUACGCUGCCUUACGCAGAGGCUUACAGUCCUACCUGCAGGUCCACCAGCUGGAGCUGGACAGUCUGGGUCAGCAGAUCCGAGAAAACAAGAGGAAUGGUCGCCUGGGGUCAUUGUAUGAGCUGGAUAAGCAAGUGAAAUCCAUAGAGAGGUUCAUGCGCCGCUUGGAAUUCCACCUCAGCAAGGUCGAUGAGCUGUACGAUGCAUACUGUAUACAGCGGCGACUGCGUGAUGGAGCGUGUAAGAUGGUGGCGGCCUUCAACUCCGCCACUGGCAGCAAGGAGGCCAGAGAGAGCCUGAGCGAAGCCAACAAGGGCUACAGGGAGUGUACAGAGCACAUGUGCUCACUUGAGAGCGAUUUAGAAAGUCAGAUGGGGGAAUUUCAUGUCAAAAUGAAGGGCCUUGCUGGCUUUGCCCGGCUGUGUGCUGGUGACCAGUAUGAGGUACUAAUGCGUUAUGGGCGUCAACGCUGGAGGCUACGAGGACGUGUGGAAGUCAGCGCGAAGCAAAUAUGGGACAGCGAAGAUUAUAUUUUCCUGCCUCUCGUCACAGAGCUGCUGUCAAUCAAGGUGACGGAGCUCAAGAGCCUGGCCAACCACGUGGUGGUGGGCAGCGUGUCCUGUGAAAUGCUCGACCUGUUCUGCCCACUCCCCCAGACGCUCGCGGUGGAUAUCAACGACCUUGGGACGGUGAAGCUAAACUUGGAGGUCACCUGGAGUCCGUUUGAUAAGGACGACCAGACAUCAUCCACCAGUACGGUUACUAAACGGCUGCUGUCCAAUCAGAGCCCUCCAGACACGCCCUCUAUGCGGGAGCAGGUGUUUUAUAGCGUGCCCCAUGGCAGGCCCAGACCCAACAGCUCCGUGGCGGAGGCGUUCCACGAUGCUGCGACGGACAGGACCGCAUCGUUACACUGUGAACUCGGCCGUACCGCCCCCCGAAUCACCUCCGUGCAGUCGUCUCUGCUGAAGCGACAGGGAGAGAUGGAGAACGGGACAGUCUGGUCCAACUCCUCUGAAUCCUCCGACGACUCCUCCAGUCCGGCGCUGGCUCAUCACGCUCAGCGGCUGUCAGCCUCCAACAUGCUGCAGACCACUCUCACCAGUCAGCUGUCGCUCACACCGCGCAAGUCCAGCGCGUCAACGCCAUCGCUCUCGUCCAACCAAGAGGAGGACGAGACAGAAGCCGGGGAGGUCUUCUCGCAGACAGAUGCGGUGCCAAACGGCCAUCUGCAGACUUCCUGCUCUCACAGCCUUGUGGGCGAGAGCAGCCCAGACUGUAAUGUGACUGACAGGGCGUCUCUGCGGUCAGCUGACCUCUCAGACACCUCAGCGGACCUGAGCUGCUCGUGCCCUGACGUCUCCUCUGUACCUCCUGUGUCGUUAGUGGAGAGAGCAGAUGUGCCUGAAAGUGGCCUCCAACAAGUGUGUGUUUCAGCAGAGGCCGUAAAGGAUGAUCCCUGCGAGGUCUCCUCUUUACAGGCUGGAGCAGAAACAAAGGACAGCACCACUGAGGCACAGGGUGGAAACCAGCUAGAAGCAGCAGAGAAACGCAGUCAGCCUCACCCGUCCAGUCCGGAGCUCAGUCAGGCAGAGGCCGCUCCUACGGUUUCUUUUCCUACUUCGUCUAGUUUCAUCCAGGAAGUUGAGACAGCCCUAGAAAGUUUUGACUUUCUCAACUGCUCUGACCUUGAUGAAGAAGAAGAGGAGCAACAAGUGAAAGAUGAAGGAGAAAAGGAGCAAGGAGCGAAAGACGAAGGAGAAAAGGAAGGGAAGGAAGAGCAACGAGAGAAAGAUGAGGGAGAAAAAGAGGAGGAGCAACGAGAGAAAGACGAAGGAAAAAAGGAAGAGGAGCGACAAGAGAAAGAUGAAGGACAAAACGAAGGGGACCAAGGAGAGAAAGACAAAGGAAAAAAGGAAGAGGAGUGUGGCCAAAAUGACAACCAACACAAAGUGGAGGAAGAAGAAAAGGAUGAAGGGAAUUUCUACUCUGGUGGAAGUGAUGACGAAGAGGAGGCAGGCGGCCUUGAGAUCCUCAUGGAAGCCCCAGAGGGAUUUAGGAACUCGGAUGAAGAUCGGUUCUCUGAAUCACAGGAGUCGAGUGUGGAAGACGUGCAGGAUUUGGGAGAGAUUGAACUACCUGAGGAUAAGGAGGAACCCAGCAAGGAAAAGGGAGAUGAACGACACGCAGAGGACACAUCACAUGAUCAAGAGGAGCGUCCCUCCACUCCCAGCCAUUUGGCCACGACUGUCUUCUAAUGACACAGUGAAACCAUAGCGAACCCAUUGCUCCAGCUCUGUUCUCCUCAUGCCAUCUCCCUCCUCUCACCCCGAGGGACCAGAUGCCUUGAGGAUGUCCCACUUACUGCUCAGACAAACAAGCUCCUCCAUUACGGCAGAGUUUGUGCACGUAUCUGCCUUGUUUGACAAAGAAUGAUAAACCCUGGGGUUUGACGAUAAACCUUCAGUCACGUCUGAAAGUCGCGACACACACACACACACACACACACACACACACACACACACACACACACACACACACACACACACACACACACACCCCUCCCUUCAGUAGUUCUUUGUUCAUUCAACACAUGCUCUUAUCACGUUGCCUGAGUUACAGUGGGAUGCCACUUAAGUUUACACGUUCAUCAACUGUUCCUGUCAUGUGAAAAUUCCGUGUCCAAACACAUUUCAGGAGCAGCUAGAAGCGGCCUUGUUCUUGGCUUUAUUAGUGUGUUUUUUUUAAUGGUCUAAUAAUUUAGAAAUAAGUUUUAUAUGUUGGAGUUGUUGGAUAUCUUCAAUCCACAGAGAAGCAUACAAUCAUUCGCCGAGUUGCGUUACAGGUUACCAGUAUUUGCAGAUAUGAGAAAACUAUCGAGGUCAGGAUUUUACAGUGUUAAAUCGGCGCACAGCCCGGAGCUCUUUCUGACCAUGUGAUGUUUGUCUGAGGAUUUUCAUUGACAUGAAGUCAUUUCCAAAGCAGGAAUUCACCCUGAAAACCUACAGGAUAUUUUCAUAUUAUUCAUCAGAUAUGAGAAUUUUCAGAAAUGAUAUGUCCAAGCUGCACCAGGGCCUGAGCUAAAAAAAAACGUGUUUUAUAUAUAUAUGAGAAAUGAGUAUAAACACUUUAAAGACAGCAGUUUGAGUUUCUCUCCAAAAGCUUCUCCCGGUCCAGUUUUUACAAACAAGGAAACAACCUGCAGUGUCAAACUAUAUGUAAACCUGCAUGUGUCGCUGCCUCACACUGCCAGCAUGUCUGUGUAAAAAGCUCAACUGAUCAGUUUGAAGUGUUAAAGCUCGGCUCCACUCAGAGGACGCCCUCAGCUUUGUAGCUGUGUACAAAAGCUGCCUCACGGGGGCGCCAUAGUCUGUCCACGUCAUUGCUUUCCAUUGUUCUACGAAGCCUCGUCAUUCAGAAAGUGCCUAAAGAGACAGGGAUGUAAGGUUUUAAAUGCCAGGACGGGAGAUCAGGCGAAAGAAAACAGUGUUUAUUUUCUGAAUUACUUUUAAGAGUGUGCACAAUAAGAGAUAUUUACUGUUUCAUAUAAAAGAAUUGUAUAUGUCUUGAAAUGUUUAUGUUCAGAAAUGUUUAAACUUUAUAAAGCUUUCUUUAAAAGUAA